AUGAGGUGGCCCUCGGCGUAUCUAGGGAUUUGGAAAACCACCUGGUCGGCCACGCGCAAAAUCACCUGGCCGGCUCGCGUUUUUCCCCUCCUCCACUGCUCGCGCUCUCGUUUUUCCACCUGCCCGCCGCCACUGCCUCCUGCCCGCCGCCGCCGCCUCCUGCCCGCCGCCGCCACCUCCUACCCGCUCGCGCUGCCACUUGCCGCUCGCGCCGCUACCUGCCGCUCCCCGCCGCCCUCCUCCCGUCCUCCCGUCCUCCUGCUCUCGUUUUUCCACCUGCCCGCCGCUGCCUCCUGCCCGCCGCCACCGCCUCCUGCCCGCCGCCGCCGCCUCCUGCCCACCGCCGCCACCUCCUACCCGCUCGCGCUGCCACCUGCCGCUCGCGCCGCCACCUGCCGCUCCCGCCGCCCUCCUCCCGUCCCGGACCUCUGGCCCCCGGCCCUCCUCCCGUCGUCGCUCCUCCCGUCCCCAACCUCGCCGUCGACCGUCAUCCACAACCUCCCCGCUGGAUUUCCACCCCGACCGCUCUCGCGCCUCGCCGUCUGCCGAUCUCGCGCGCCAUGUCGCAGUGAUGCCACGCCGUCGUGGUCGACUGCAGGUCUGCAGGUCUGCAGCCUGCUCCGCUGCCGCUCGCUGCUAGCCCCUGCUCCGCCGUUUCCGCUGGUCGCCGGCUCGCUGCCACCGCUCGCCUAG